AGUGACAGACUUGAAGAUGUAAAGGGGGUUUUAGAGAUGAACAUGGCAACCCGGUUCUUCGGCAGCGCUGAUAUUAUGAGAGGGCGGGGCCUCACCACUGUCGUCUCACAGUAGUUUCUGGAACCUCAUGGUUACACCAUGGAGAAAGUAUCUCAGCUGAAAGACCAAGGUAAUAAGGCGCUGAGCGCAGGGAAGAUUGAUGAAGCAGUGCGCUGCUACACCGAGGCUCUGGCAUUGGACCCAAACAACCAUGUCCUCUUCAGCAACCGAUCUGCUGCCUAUGCCAAGAAAGGAGACUACGAGAACGCCCUGAAGGACGCGUGCCAGACCAUUAAGAUCAAGCCAGACUGGGGCAAGGGUUACUCACGAAAGGCUGCAGCCUUGGAGUUUCUAGGAAAGCUUGAGGAUGCCAAAUUAACCUAUCAGGAGGGUCUCCGGCAAGAGCCAUCCAACCAGCAGCUAAAAGAUGGGCUUCAGAGCAUCGAGGCACGACUAGCAGAGAAGAAGAUGAUGAACCCCUUCGCCAUCCCCAACUUGUAUGAGAAGUUAGAGGGGGACCCCCGAACCCGAGCCCUGCUGUCUGACCCCAGCUACAGAGAGCUGCUUGAACAGCUCCGCCAGAAACCGUCUGAACUCGGCACAAAGUUGCAGGACCCACGUGUGAUGACAACCCUUUCAGUGUUGCUUGGAUUUGACCUGGCUGGCACGGAGGAAGAGGAGGAGCCGACUCCGCCCCCUCCACCUAAACCCAAAGAGACAGCCCCACCCCCUCCCAAAGAGGAAGAUCUGCCAGAGAACAAGAGAUUGGCGUUGAAGGAGAAGGAACUUGGCAAUGCAGCAUACAAAAAGAAGGAAUUUGAGACUGCACUCAAACACUAUGAAGAGGCAUGCAAGCAUGACCCCACUAAUAUGACCUACCUGUCCAAUCAGGCUGCUGUGUUCUUUGAGAAGGGAGAGUUUGACAAGUGUAGAGAGCUCUGUGAGAAAGCCAUCGAGGUGGGACGUGAAAAUCGUGAGGACUACAGACAAAUUGCCAAGGCCUAUGCCAGGAUUGGAAACUCCUACUUCAAACAGGAGAGGUAUAAGGAGUCCAUUCAGUUCUUUAACAAAAGUCUGACAGAGCAUCGCACCCCUGAGGUGCUGAAGAAGUGUCAGCAGGCAGAGAAGAUAGUGAAGGAGCAGGAGAAACUGGCAUAUAUCAACCCAGAGCUGGCACUGGAGGAGAAGAACAAGGGCAAUGAGGCUUUUCAGAAAGGUGACUACCCCCUGGCUAUGAAGCACUACACUGAGGCCAUAAAGAGAAACCCUAAUGAUGCCAAGCUCUUCAGCAACAGAGCAGCCUGCUACACCAAAUUACUGGAGUUCCAGCUGGCCCUCAAGGAUUGUGAGGACUGCAUCAGACUGGAACCCACCUUCAUUAAAGGAUACACACGUAAGGCAGCAGCACUGGAGGCAAUGAAGGACUACUCCAAAGCCAUGGACGCCUAUCAGAAGGCUUUGGAACUGGACGCAAACUCCAAGGAGGCCACAGAAGGGAUGCAGCGCUGCAUGGUGAGUCAGGCCAUGAGGAAUGAUAACCCAGAGGACGUGAAGCGGCGGGCCAUGGCUGAUCCGGAGGUGCAGCAGAUCAUGAGUGACCCUGCCAUGCGCAUGAUCCUGGAGCAGAUGCAGAAAGACCCACAGGCCCUCAGCGACCACCUGAAGAACCCAGUUAUCGCUCAGAAGAUUCAGAAACUAAUAGACGUCGGACUCAUAGCCAUCCGGUGAUCGUCAAGAGAGCAGAAGUGAACCAGGGCUACCACCAUCCAGUUCAACACCACCACAAGACCUCAGAGGAAAGAAGACUCCAUUCCAAAAAAAAACAAAACAUUUUUGCUCACCAAAUUGUGCAGUCACCCUCGUUAUGUCCAAAACAUUUUAUUUAAGUGUAAGGCCUUAGUUAUUCAUUAAAUGUUAUGUGAAACAUAACAUGCAAUGCUACAUUUGCUUCUUAGCACUCCAGUACCAGUGAUGUUUGUCUAACAUCAUCUAGUCAGCAGCUUCUAAUCAUUAUAAGUCUCAUCUGUCUCAGAAUGGCAUAUUUUAAUAACCUUUAUGGAUUCAGUACAAAACGGUGCAACCAUUCUGAGAUUCAUAUCAUCAUCAUCAUAUUGUGCGUUUUGAUGCCUAUGGAUGCAGAGCAGUGAAAAACAUGACAUUUUAGAAAGUAAAAAUAUCUUGAAUAUAGUCAAAUUUAUCUAUUUCCUAUUAUAAGUUUACAAUAAACCGAAUACAAGAUUAUUAUCUCUAGACAUUUUCACUAAUUUCAAGCUUCAAAUCCUCUUUUUGCUUCUUUCUAGAAAUAAACGGUUAAAAUUAGCAAAAUUAUCUGCCAAUAGAACAAGACUUUCAAGCUUGAAAUUAGUGUGUUUAAAAAAAUUUUAAAAAAAGGCGUUGAAGGUAUUUUAACUUGCUAAAAUGUCAUUUUUUUUGCAGUGAGGUGCCAACAUUGCUAACAAGGAAAUUGUAGCAGGUAAAUUUUACAGCAACAUGACUAGCAUGUGUCUGUGGCUGAGACGGUUCCAUACUAACAGCAUAAAGGAAAAACAGCACAUUCUACCCUGCACUUUUGCACUGACCAGAGACCAUAUCCUCGCCCUCUAGUUUUCUAUUAUGUCACAAAUCCGAGUUUUGAAAAUUAUAGUAUUUGUAUUCCAAUAGAGUUUUGGAUUUUCUGCCAGAAUUUCACAUUUGACUUUCAUUUUAGUUGAAAAAGCCAGAAAGUACCUCCAAUAUCGCCAUAGCAAGCGGUCAGAAAUUAUUAAUGCUAACGCUAAACCGUAGGUUUUGGUAUCUCUGUAGAAGAAUAUUUGUCAAAAAUGGUCCCUACUUUUCACAGAUUUCAAUAGUUUUUAUCUGACAAGUCUGGGUAAGAGUGCUUAUCUAUGAUCAGCUCCUUAUAUUUACAGGGAAAUGAAUGCUCAGUUGGAGUUGUGAUGAGAAGAGUUCUGGUUCUUGCUCUGGUUGUCUGGAUGUGGUUGAAACUCACUGUGAAAUGGCACACAUUCUUUUCUAAUGGAGAACACUUUGACUCCUAUCAAAUCCAAUUGCAGUAUAUCUAGUUAUUUGAUGUAACACAAUUGAAAAUGCUUGUUUCUCAAAAAAAUGCUGUCCUUUCUUAAAUGUUUAGCAAUGCAAUAUGUAAGAGAUUAAACUGAUUGUAAAAGCAAAACCUGAUCUUAGAUUGGCACUCUUAACUUUGUACAGCUGCAAUCCCAAAUGUUCAUAUUCAGCCAUGAAUCAGCCUUGAUAAUGUUUGUACCGUAUACAAGGCUGGUCGCUGCAGUGUUUUAAGAAUUUCAAAUAUUGGCACCAGUUUACUUUGUGCCAUUGAGUCUUCAUUACUUACAAAUGCAACCUCAAGGUCUUGGUGCCUGCAAGUCUGCAAAACUGUCACUGUUGUCAGUCUCAUCUGUGCUUCAAUACAGGGCAUAAUCCGACAUGUGGAUGUCUUUGGCUGCUUUCAUGCUCAGUGUAUUUUCCACUUCAAUAAACUCUGAUACAUACCACACCAUCUUGAAUGCAUCCAGUUGAGUUGCUCCCUACACUGUUGAUAAAGCAGGGCAUAAAUGGCUGCCACUCAACUUAGAAAACUCUGACCAAGUCCUGAAAUAAUCCUGUAUGUUGUAAUACAUAUACAUAAACUAGUUUUAGGAUAUGUAGAUAGACAGCACUUAAAAAACCAGAGUCAUAUUUUAAUUAUGUAAGUAAAUCAGUGUUCUGGAAAAACAAUGGAACUGCAAAUGCUUUUGAUCAUAAUGUAUCUGUUCUGGAAAAGACAUGACACUGAAACUAAAAUGUCAAUGUGUCAUAACUGUUCUGAAAAAUACAUGUGAAUGUGUUUCUAAAUCAA